CAGGUCCAGAUCGGAUACUUUCGUGCAUCUUCGGGUUGCAGUUGCACAGUGCUAUAGCACAGUGCACUGAGAUGCAACCAAGCAACUUGUAGAGUCCAUGGGGUUGAUAACAAGUGAUAAAGAAUUGAAUUGAAAAAUUGAAUUUUUGAUCUGACAUGCACAUGGUAUUUUAUUGAUAGAGGAAACGAAGUUGAAGAGUGAAGACUAGAAAAAAUUGUUCGUGAAAAAUGACUGGCACCAUUGAAACUGUGUAUCUAAACAAGGUGGAGAAAAAAUUCAAGCAUGUGAAUGACCUAAGAAUGAAAAAUUUGUUUUGCGACGUGCGUUUCAACGUAAAUGGUACCAUCUUCCCCUGUCACCGGUUGAUUUUGGCUACCAUGUCUCCUUACUUUCAAACAAUGUUCACUGGAAGUUUUAAGGAAAGUAAUUCCGAUACCAUUACUAUGAACGAAAUUGAAACUGAAGCGUUCGAAGAGAUCUUGAACGCCAUGUACUCAGCCAGUAUUCGUUUUAGCCCUAGUAACGCUUAUUUCAUCUUGAAAACAAGCCAUUUAUUGCAAUUGGAAAUUAUAGUAGACGCGUGCGUUUCUUACAUCAUGAAAAAUCCCGUAAUCGAUUACUUCUUGAUUGAAACCUGUGUAUUUGCCAGAAAUAUCGACCACGAUGAGUUAUAUGCGAAGUGCAUCUCGUUAAUAGGCGGAGCUAUUGCCGAAUAUGGAAGGACAGAUUCUUUUAAAAAGAUUCCGUUUGAUGUAUUGAAAUGCGUUUUUAAAAAAAGUGGUAUCUACGAUAGUGAGGAAGAAUUCAUAAUUAUGUCGAUAAUGAGAUGGAGUAAAGAGAAUAAUGCCAGUCGUAAAGAUAUUCAAACGCUUCUAGAUAUUGUUAAAUUGAGAGCAUUCAAAUUUGUGAACUCUACGAUGAUGUCUGAAUUAUUGGUUGCCUGUCAGAAUAAAUGUUUUGAUGAUGAGUACAAUGAAUGUACCUCACAAUUGGAUAUUAAUUAUAGUAAUCAUUCAAAUCUACCUUUGAAGUUACAUGUGGAUGUUAUCAACGUGACAACGGGGAAACGCGGAUGGAGCAUUUUGAGAACAAAUUAUGAUUUCGAUAGAUAUGUUUUGUCAGGAUUCUAUCCGACUAAUUCGCGUGAAAAAAAGGUCUGUAAAGUUGGAACGAAACUCUAUUGCUUUGAAUAUAUUGAACACCCACGCAUAACAAAUUGUUUCUCGUAUUACGAUGAAGACGGCAUUAAGACUUCUCUACUCUUACCGCCAUUACAAAUGAGGAUUUCCGAGUUUGAAUUGACAGCUAUAGGGAUGUCAAUAUACUUAGUGGAUAUGAGCUUCGAUCUCUCUUUUUGGCUUUACAAUUGUGAAACCAGUACUUGGCAAAAUAUACUGAAAGAAACUAAAUAUGAAGAUAUUCGUUGUAUUAAUGUUUCCGCGUGCAUUUUUUCAGACAACAAGUUUUAUAUAAUCGCGAAGAAAGACAUGAAGCUAGAAAAGGGGUUAUAUACAAACCCAGAGACUAACGAAAUUUUUACUCGAGACGACUACUAUGUAUUGUCAAUUACUUACCCCACCUUUAUUGUUGAAGAAUUGGCUAAAAUACCUUUACACCCGACUGAUUACAGAUAUUCCUCAAUUUGCGUAUUUGAUCGUAAAAUAGCAGUGUUUGGUACCGGUGCAUGUACUGAUACAAUGUUUCGAACGACAAAAGAUAAUUUCUUGAUUUUUGACCUCGUUGAUUCUAAAUGGCUGACAGAUUUGGACCAAAUGAAUGGUGGCUAUGCAAGUUCUCUUCUAUUCCAUCACGAUGACGCUGUAUACGCAGUAGGUAAUGGUCAAACUUUGCUUCCCGGUGGAAAAUAUGAUCGGUCUUCGGAUAAAUGGAUUGAUUUGCCUCAUUUGCCUAGACGAAUCACCAUUUCAAAUACGAAUAAUGUAGUGGCCGUCGGAAAAGUAUUUGGUUUUGAAGUAUAACAUAAUAUCUAUCACCUCUUGGUGAAUUAUUUCUUCAAAAUGUCUCAUCAGUUUUUUUUUUCUUUGUGAAAUUAUAUGUUUUAAUGGUUUUUGUAUUGUUGAUUUUUUACGACGAUUCUUUUUUUAUUUUUAAAUAUAACCUAUUACCUUGUA